CAUCGUACUUUUGCAGAAAGUGUGAGGCCUGGACUCUUAACCCUUGCCCCUUGCUGCUUUUGCCUACCCUGCACCGUGACCGUGAACGUUAUUCCGGCCAGAGCUCGCUGGAAGGGAGGGACUUGUUCGGUUCGCUGGCCAUCGUGAGUCUUUUUCUGAUUUUAUAAUCAGUUAUCGGGUCAAAAAUAAAUAACCAGCCCCUAAACGAGAUUCGAGUGUAUUGGAGAAUUCGGAUUCGACCCGUGGAUAAUCGCUCGCCAUUGUUUUGUUCGUUGGGCAAGCCAUCUGCCACCCUUUCAGCCUUUCCGACGUUCGCCGAGGCUCAUUGAAGCAAACAAGGAAAAAAGGAUCUUUGAACCAAAUCCAGAUUUGAGCAUGGCGCAUAGGUUGCUUAGAGACCAUGAGGCAGAUGGUUGGGAACGAUCUGAUUUCCCUAUUAUCUGCGAAUCAUGUCUGGGUGACAACCCAUAUGUUCGUAUGACAAGAGCUGAGUAUGAUAAGGAGUGUAAGAUUUGUACACGGCCAUUUACUGUUUUUAGAUGGAGACCUGGUCGAGAUGCAAGAUAUAAGAAAACUGAGAUCUGCCAAACAUGUAGUAAACUGAAAAACGUUUGUCAAGUCUGCCUUCUGGAUCUUGAAUAUGGAUUACCAGUUCAAGUCCGAGACACUGCUCUCAGCAUUAGCUCCCAUGAUGCUAUUCCAAAGAGUGAUGUUAAUCGGGAGUAUUUUGCUGAAGAACAUGAUCGCAAGACUCGAGCUGGCUUGGAUUAUGAAUCCUCAUAUGGAAAAGUACGCCCAAAUGAUACUAUUUUGAAGCUUCAAAGGACAACACCAUACUACAAAAGAAACCGGGCUCAUGUUUGCAGUUUCUACAUAAGGGGUGAGUGUACCAGAGGAGCUGAAUGCCCUUAUAGGCAUGAGAUGCCAGUGACUGGGGAGUUGUCACAACAAAAUAUCAAAGAUCGUUAUUAUGGGGUGAAUGAUCCUGUGGCGUUGAAGUUACUUGGCAAGGCAGGAGAGAUGACCUCUCUGGAGCCUCCAGAGGAUGAGACCAUUAAAACUCUCUAUGUUGGUGGGCUUGAUGCUAGGGUUAGUGAGCAGGAUCUGCGUGAUCACUUUUACGCCCACGGUGAAAUAGAAUCCAUCAAGAUGGUGCUCCAACGGGCUUGCGCUUUUGUAACCUACACAACCAGAGAAGGUGCAGAAAAAGCAGCAGAAGAGCUCUCCAACAAGCUAGUUAUCAAGGGCCUAAGGUUGAAGCUGAUGUGGGGCAGACCUCAGACAUCUAAACCUGACUCUGAAGGUUCCGAUCAAGCGAGGCAGCAGGCAUCUGUGGCUCAUAGCGGGUUGUUGCCUCGAGCCGUCAUAUCACAGCAGCAGAACCAGGAUCAAACCCAGGGAGUGCAUUACUAUAACAUUCCACCUCCUCCUCAGCAAGAUAGAAGCUACUAUCCAUCAAUGGAUCCUCAAAGAAUGGGUGCUGUUAUUCCAUCCCAAGAUGCUGGUCCUCCUGGUGGGGCCGCUGGGACAGGAGAGAACAACAAACCCAGUAUGGAGAAGCAGCAAAUGCAGCAUUUUGCCCAUCCAAUGAUGCCUCCACCACCUGGGCAAUAUCACCAUCAUCAGUAUUAUCCCCCUCCGGCGUACGGUUAUAUGCCACCUGUACCUUCUUAUCAACAGUACCCGCCACCACCAUACAACCCUGGGAUGGCUACAUCUCAGCCACCACCAGCGGUAAAUCAGCCGUAUCAGCAAGCUAUGCAGCCAGGAUCAUCUGCUCCCUCAGGGUCUGCACCGGCUGCACUGGCACCGGCAGAAGCAGGAACGUCAACCUCGGCCUCACAGUAGCAGUGGAAUUUCUCAUAUGCUGAUGUUCAUCUCUAUGCUUUUUUCCUGCUUAAAAUCGCCAUACUGACAGGGAAGAUGCUCUUGUAUCACGAGUUCUCAUCUAGUAGAGUGCUGAUAUGCCAUUUGGGCUUUUGUGGCUUAAACCAGAUGUUCUGCGAUUUAAUUUUGUGCAUUUGGUACUCUUGCUUUCCCUUGCAACAGCUUUGUAUGUUUUGAUUAGAAAGAGUUACUAAAUUAGAUAAAAAUUGCCAA